AUGGCUUCCAAAAAAAGAGCAACAAAGGUUGAUAGGAUUAGCAAGUUGCCAGAUGAAGUUCUUUGUCACAUCCUCUCGUUUCUUCCAACUGAAGAAGUUGUUGCCACCAGUGUUCUCUCAAAGAGGUGGAUGCCACUCUGGCUUUCAGUUCCUACGCUAGAUUUUGUUCACAGUCGAUAUGUCUAUAGCAACAAAUCAAAAUCGGACUUUGACUUCAUCAACUUCGUGUACGCUGCCAUUCUCUCACGAGAUUUGAAUCAACCCAUCAAAAACUUUAAACUCGUCGUAGGGGAAGAAUGUCCCUAUUCCGAUGUCAAGCUACGGUUAAAUGCAGCAAUACAACGCCAAGUUGAGAAUCUUGAAAUCCAGUUUUUGGAGCCACAAGUGCCUUGUUGUAUUCUCAGCUGCAAAACCCUUGUUUUUUUCAAGCUGAGUGAUGUGAAGUUUGAUGGUUUUUCUUGUGUUGACCUUCCCUCACUCAAAACACUGCAUUUGAACAAUGUUGAGUUUGUAGAGCCUCAAUAUUUGAUGAAACUUCUUUAUGGGUGUCCUGUUCUUGAAGAUUUGAAAAUAUAUGACAUAUAUUUUGAGGAUGAGUCUUCAUUUGAGGGAAAAGUUAAAAGUUUUCCCAAGUUGGUCAGAGCAGAGGUUUUCAUGUAUGGUGAUUUUCAUAUUCCUGUGAAGGCUUUUCGCAAUGUGCAACAUCUUCUCUUAAACCAGUGCCAUGGGGACAUUCCUGUGUUUCCCAAUUUAAUUUACAUGGAGCUCCACUCUUUUUAUUGGAGUUUGGUGCUUGAUAUGCUCAAUCAUUGCCCUAAGCUUCAGACUGUUGUUUUUUACCUUGUUGAUCGUGAGGACGAGGUUUGGCCAUACCCGUGCUUUGUUCCUGAAUGCUUUUCUUCACAUCAUAGGAAGUGUUUUCUUAAAGAUUUUACAGGAGUGGAAUGUCAGAAGAGAUUUGCAAGGUAUGUUAUGCAAAACUCAGCAUCGUUGUGUACCAUGAAAAUUUGCACUGCGCCAAAUCAUCGGAGAACACUUGAAAUUUUAACAGAAUUAACCUCAUACCCAAGGAGCUCUGCAGUUUGUGAACUUUUAUUUAAGUGA